UCUGCGAGCAACAACGGCCACAGACUGACACAGAAUGGAGAGAAGCUGACGCACAGUUAUUUACCGGACCGUUAAGUUCCCUCCUCACGCCUUUCCUCAUGCCAUCACAGCCUGUUUGCCGUGCUGGACCAGGACAAAGCACCAGAAGAAUAGUUUUCUAAAAGUUUUGCAACUUUGACUACUGAAGAGCUAACUUUUUCUUUUUUUUGCUUUUUGGACAUUUUAACCGCGUAAUUACGCGUGAUGCGCAAAGGGAUGGCUCCUCUUCGUAGACGAAACAUGGGAGUACACAAUAUUUUUUACGCCUGUCUCUCUAUUUCAGUGGCAUAUUCUUACAACAUAGACUUAGAACACCCGUUGGUGUUCCGCGGACCAAACUCUAGUUUUUUCGGCUAUUCUGUGCUGGAGCAUUAUCAUGACAACACACGCUGGGUAAUAGUCGGCGCCCCGAGGGCCAACUCGACCUACAGCAGCUCCGUCCACUCCCCCGGAGCCGUGUACAAGUGUCGCGUGCACAGCAACCCGGAGCGCCGCUGCACGGAGAUGGACCUGGGAAGAGGAAACAAGCCUCGAGAGUCGUGUGGGAAGACGUGCCAGGGCGACCGGGAUGACGAGUGGAUGGGGGUGAGCCUGGCCCGCCAGAACAGCGCCGACGGCAGAGUGCUGGCCUGCGCUCACCGCUGGAAGAACGUCUACUACAACUCGGAGCACAUCCUUCCGCACGGCUACUGCUCCAUCAUCCCGCCGACGCUCCAAGGCCGGACCAAGCCCCUCAUUCCCUGUUACGAAGACUAUAAGCAGAAGUAUGGGGAAGAGCACGGCUCGUGCCAAGCCGGGAUAGCGGGAGUUUUCACGGAGGAGCUGGUGGUGAUGGGGGCGCCGGGUUCGUACUACUGGACCGGGAUGAUCAAGGUGUACAACCUGUCGUCGGACUCCUUCUACGAGCCCAACAGAGACGACGUGGACUCCCACAGAUACAGCUACCUGGGCUACGCGGUGACGGCCGGACGCUUCUCCUCCCCCGGCGCGGUGGACGUGGCUGCAGGAGCGCCUCGGCACGGCGGCACGGGAAAAGUUUACGUUUUCAAAAUCGACGGCGUGUCUUUGGUGAAGAGCUUUCAAGCCUCAGGGAAAAUGAUGGGCUCUUACUUUGGCUCCUCAUUGUGUGCAGUUGAUCUGAACCAGGACGGCCUCUCGGACCUGCUGGUGGGGGCACCCAUGCACAGCCUGCUCCGGGACGAGGGCCAGGUCUCUGUGUACCUUAGCAAGGGCCAUGGUGCGAUGGAGGAGCUUCCACCUCUGACCGGUGACAGCGCUUUCAACGCACACUUUGGUGAAUGCAUGACCGCGAUCGGAGACAUAGACGACGACGGCUAUCAAGACGUGGCCAUCGGAGCCCCCAAAGAGGACGACUAUGGGGGCGCUGUUUACAUCUACCACGGGGACGCCACCGGAAUCAUCCGCAAGUACUCCAUGAAACUGUCUGGGCGCAGUGUAAGUCCUGGGCUGCAGAUGUUCGGCCAGUCCAUCUCUGGCAGCGUGGACAUGGACGGCAAUGGAUACCCAGACGUCACCGUAGGCGCUUUCAUGACAGACAGCGCGGUGCUGCUGAGGUCGCGGCCUGUUAUUACGUUGGACGUCUCCAUCUUCCUGCCCGCCUCCAUCAACAUAUCCGUGCCACAGUGCCACGAGGGCCACCGGGACCAGAACUGCUUCAACGUCACCGUCUGCAUGAGCUUCAGAGGGAGACGGAUUCCAGGGCAGAUAGAGGUGCUGUACAACUUGACGGCCGACGUGGAGAAGCGACAGGGGAGUCAACCGUCGCGGGCCUUCUUCAGCCAGGGCGGAUCUCAGGUCAGCCAGACGAGCCAGCGGCUGGGCCUGGUGAGCGGCGAGGAGGCGUGCCAGCGCUUCACGGCCCACGUCAAGAAGGACGUGAAGGACGUGUUCACAGCCAUCGCGUUCGAGGCCGCCUACAGCCUCGGGAGGCACGCGGUGGCGGGACACCAGGAGCGGGACCUGCCGGCGCUCACCCCAGUGCUCCGCUGGAGGAAAGGAGGCAAGAUCGCCGUCAGGAACGAGACCUGGUUUGAGAAGAACUGCCUGUCGGACGACUGCGCCGCAGACCUGAGGCUCCACGGGAAACUGCUGCUCUCUGGGCUGCACGUGAAGCCCCAUUUGGCCCUUGGCGGCGUGAGAAACGUGUCUUUGAAUCUGACCAUCUCCAACGCCGGAGACGACGCCUACGACACCAACAUCUACUUCAACUUCUCCAGAGACGUCUUUUACAUCAACUUCUGGCAGAAGGAAGAGAAGGGGAUCUCGUGUGGACUCGUUGAGUUGGACUUCCUCAGAUGCAGCGUGGGAUUUCCCUUCAUGCGAGCACAGACUAAGUAUCAUUUUGCAGUGAUUUUUGACACCAGCCAGCUGUCUGGCGAAAAUGACACCCUGCAGUUUUUAGUUCAAGCUAAAAGCGCCAAUCCUGAGCACAAGCUGUCGGACAACAGUCUGGAUCUGUCCGUCCCUCUGGUUCAUGAGACUGACACAGUCAUUACAGGGGUGGUGACCCCGACCUCCUUCGUGUACGGGAACUCCAUCGACCCCUCGCGCUUCGUCCAGCUGGAGGACAUGGAGUGCAGCUUCCAGCCGCUCAACCUCACCUUCCAGGCCAUAAACAAGGGGCCCAGCAGGCUGCCUGGCUCCACCGUGGACAUCAGAAUACCCAACCGGCUGGCUGGCAGCGGCGCCGACAUGUUCCACGCCGUCGAAUCUCAGGUGGCCGACGGUCGGGGGAACUGCACCCCUCACAGGAACCCGAGCCCGUGCACCGUCCCCCAGGACCGAGAGAGCAUCUUCCACUCCAUAUUUGCCUUCUUCACCAAAUCCGGGCGCAAAGUCUUGGACUGUGACCGUCCUGGAAGAGCGUGUAUGACAAUCUCCUGCACCCUGGGUCCGCAGUUGAAAGAGGAAGCCCUGAGCAUAGACAUAAAACUUCUACUUAACACUGAAAUUCUCAAGAAGGAUAGUUCCUCUGUGAUCCAGUUUGUGGCAAGGGGCAGCGUGCAAGUGAGCGACAGGGCUGUGGAGGUUCCCAAGGGCCUGCCGGAGGACAUUUCUCUGAUGUUCGAGGCUCUCCACAGUCAGGAGCCCAGGGGUUACGUAGUGGGCUGGAUCAUUGCCAUCAGUCUGCUGGUGGGAAUCCUCAUCUUUCUGCUGUUAGCUGUGCUGCUCUGGAAGAUGGGUUUCUUCCGUCGCCGCUACCGAGAGAUCAUCGAGGCUGAAAAGAACAGAAAGGACAGCGAUGAAAGCUGGGACUGGAUGGAAAAGAAUCACUGAUACAGGACUCACACCGGGGGCCCCAGAGGAGCCAAUGAGAUUAGGGAUUGGAUCGGGAGGGAUCCAAUAGCAAGGGGUCUUGCAGGCCCGGCCACCCCAGUGGCACCAGGCCCUUCAGUCUUCCAUAUGUGGAAGAGAAGAAUAUUCUCCAUAUUUUUUGGAGACUUGAUAUUUUUUGUGGGUGGGGGUCCAGGAAACAGGCUUCUGAGGUGACAGCGUGGUAUGCCAGAGGACACUUGCUGUGGAAUUCAGCUAAUCUCAAAGGAGGCAACUCCGAGGCAUCGGGGAAGGGACACUGAUGGAGACCCACGUCCGUGCUGGGAUGUGGAGACGGCAUAAAUACUGGUGGACAACAAAACCCUCAGGGCUAUGUUACAUAGCAAAUUUAUUUUUAUACCUACACUUUAAGCCAUAUUGUAUAAAACUGGGCAUCGAGAAGAGAUGAGGUUUUGAAGGCCAUUAUAAACAUACUGUAUCUGAAGUAUGUUUUUCUAAAAGCACUGAUGUUUGAUAAAAAUGAGUACUUUGGCUUCAUAACUUUCAUUUCUAUGCCAAAGAUAUGACCUGUAUAGUAUUUGAUUGGAGUUGUGUGUAUAUUCAGUUCUUCCUGGGGGUGAAAGAUUGUAUUUCUUUUGCUAUUUCCAACCUAUGAAUAUCUGUUUUACACAUCUGACUUUUCCUCCCUCGCAAAGAAAAUCAUCUAAAGGCUAAUUCAGUUUUGCUCCCACGCACACAAUGAUUAAAAUGCUGUGUCCUAAUGUCAUCCACUGCUAUUUCUGAGUUGACUCUGAAAGUCCCGCAAUGUUGUUCUAGUUGAUCAAGUUGUGCUGAUCAGUGGCAAGGGUUCUGCAUUGCUCCUUAUUUGCAAUGCUUCUUUAGUUAUCCUCACUUAAUAUGGAGAAGAUGUGCUUUAAAUUAUACCAUAAAACUCAUGGUUAACAGUAGCAUUCCAUUCAUUCUGCUCAUAUGUACAGCGGGUGAUAUAAGUGGAUGUAACGUAUGAUUUGAUGCUGUUUAGUAGGAAACUCACUGUACGUGACAAGACCUGGUCGUGAUCCAUUUCCAAGACCAAGAAGACUGUAUUUCAUGUUACCGUUAUGUUAAUAGGCAUUAGGUUUUAUUGUGAAAUAUGAGAUUUACUAGUGUCCAUGACGGGAGUCCACCUACAGUCAUUUACAGCGCCCCACAGCAUGAGUAAUGCCUAAGAAUAGGUGGGAAUGUGCUGCACUCCAUCACUACACAUAAACAAGCUCUGUGGGGCUCAUGGGAAAAGCUCAGGCCAACAUGGAGGAAUGUCAGCACCCUGAAAACCUGCCACUAUUCAAGUCAAAUAUUUACUCAAAAGGUUUCAAAUGCUGGCCUCGAUUGAACAUUUGCAGAACACAUUGAAUAAAGUUUCAUAUUAAAUACAGUAUACCCAUCAAAAAAGGCUUUGAAGAAUGUAUUGGACCAUUUUAAUGAACUAUAGCAAAACAAAUCAAGAGUAUUUAAAGAUGAAACCCUUUUCAUCGUGACUUGUGGGUCACGUUGAAACGUGCAAUGCCAAAGAACAGAAACUAGACUUUAAGACACUUUAUGGUUCACAUGAUUGCUUGGCUCGUUAUCGUUCUGUUUGGAUAUGUUUUUUAUCUGAAACACUUUAUGUUACCAUUAGAUUCCACUGGCACGAAGGCGCUUGCUGCACACAUUCACAUCCUCCCUCUGCUUCUGUUGAGCUGAUGUCAUACAUGUAUGCAGAGGAAGCCACACUUGAUGUUUUUAAUUUUUUCUGGUAAAUUAUAACUGUGAUGGUUAUAUUUUUCUUUCCUUGUUAUUUUGGCACCGGUAAUCAUCCUAUGUGGAGCAUACUACUGUCACUGAAUAUUAUUUCCAUUAUAGUGUGCUGUGUCUUUGAUGUUUAAAGUCAUGUUGGAGCUGUGUAUUUAUCUGUUGAUAAAUCUUAGGGUGAAA